AUGGCACCAAAAAACAAGGGAAAGAAGGGAAAGAAGGGUGAUGACGACUUUUGGGAUAAAGCAGGCGAAACAGUCGCGCCUAAUGAUAACCAUGCCGAUGCCGCCAACGGAUCUGAAGAUGAGAAUGUCUUUGCGAAGAAGCCUAAGGCGACCGGGUUUUCUGCCCUUGGAAUGGAUGAAACCCCAGUGGAUGAUGAGGAUGGAGGCGGUUUGAUGUCGUUAAUCAGCUCUUCAGCUGCCGCUGCCAAAUCGAAGAAGAAAAAGUCGAAGGUCACCGCCAAUGACUUCGAUGAUUUGGCUGAAGUGACCGGCCAACCUGCUGCAUCGGUCGAGUCUAAAAUGCCUCUAGAAGUUACAGCCGAGGACUUGGCUGAUGAAGAAUGGGGCCCGGUGAAGGACAAGAAGGGCAAGGGAAAGAAGGAUAAGGGAAAAAAAGGGAAAGUAGAGCUUGACGAGGAAGAGAAGGCCCAAGAGCAAACUGCGGUCCCAGCUGAAUCCGGCGCUCCUUCCUCUGCCGUCCCAGACCCAGCUCCAACGGCCACCAAGGAAGGGGUCGACGAUGAAGAGCCAGAAGAAUCAGGGGCAAAGAUUCUUUCCAAAAAAGAAAAAGAGAAGCUCAAGAAAGAGCGCGAAAAGGCGAAGAAAAAGGCCCAGGCUGCCGCGAAGAAGGCAUCAGCAGCAGACGAACAAACUACCUCUUCACCGGCCGCGCCCGAGCUAGCGGUAGCACCUCAGCCAACGGCGAACGCAGAAGACAAUGAGGAAGACGGAGAUGAUGCCACUGCUGGAGCCAAAACAGAUUCGAAGAAGAAAAAGAAGAAGAAGGCGGCAAAGAAAGACGAGGAGCCCGCCCCAGCUGCCGCCCCAACUACCUCUUCCUCAAAGAAGAAGGGGGGCAUCAGUGCACUGAGGGCAAUGAUGGAGGAGAAGAGACGAUUAGAGGAGGAGGCCAGAAAGAGGGAGGAAGAGGAGCGUCGAAGAAUUGAGGAGGAGGAACGUCUGGCAGAAGAGGAAGAACGAAGAAAAGAGGAGGAAAAACAGCGCAGAAAGGAAAAGGAAAAGGCGAAACGCGAGCUCGCGAAGAAAGAGGGCCGGCUACUCACGAAGAAGCAAAAGGAGGAGAGACAGAUGGCUGAAAUUCGCAAGCAAGCACUUUUGGCUUCCGGAGUUCAAAUCGAAGGAUUGCACCAAACUUCAGGUACUGGUCCGCCGGCUGUGAAGAAGGUCGUGUACGGAAACCGUAAGAAGAAAGGGCCAAGCGCGAAAGAUGCCUCACCUGCCCCGGAGUCACGACCCCGAUCCCCUGAGCCUAUGGAAGCGGUUACACCCCCUCCGCCUGCCGCCGCCGCCGAACCAACAAAUGGAGACGCGGCGAAGUCUGACUGGGAGGCAAGCACCGACGAAGAGCCUGAAGUUAAGCCUGAAGCACCAGCUGGUAUCAAGGACUCAUGGGAUGAAUCAUCUAAUGACGAGGAGAAACCAGCUUCCAAAUAUGCUGAAGUGAUAGUUGCCACAGUUAAAUCAGCUACCGUCAAAUCAGCUCCCCAAACAAAGUCUAUUCCCGGCAAAGUUGCAUCCACUUCUCCUGCCCCAGCUUCAUCAAAGACUACAACAGUCGAAACUGCGCAACCGAAACCAACUGCUCAGGCAGGGUCUUCGGAAUCAGAGGACGAAUCUGACACCACCGAAGAUGACUCAGAGGAGGAUUCCGAGGAGGAUUCCGAGGACUCAGAAGAGGAGAUGACCGCAACACAGAAACAAGCUGCCCAAAAGAAAGCCGAGGCUGCAGCAAGGAGAGCCAAGGCUCGCGAGGAAGCGCUGGCGGCCAGAAAUAAAGACAACCUCCGCAGCCCCAUCUGUUGUAUUUUGGGGCACGUCGACACGGGGAAAACAAAACUUUUGGAUAAGAUUCGUCAAACAAAUGUUCAAGAAGGCGAAGCUGGUGGUAUCACGCAACAAAUUGGUGCGACAUACUUCCCUGCGGACGCGAUCAAGACCAAGACUGCUGUCAUGAACAGAGACAACCAACAAGAAUACAAGAUCCCUGGCCUCCUCAUCAUCGAUACACCUGGACACGAGUCGUUCACUAAUUUGCGAUCUCGUGGUAGCUCGCUCUGCAACAUUGCGAUCUUGGUAGUAGAUAUCAUGCAUGGUCUUGAGGCUCAAACCCUGGAGUCACUGCGUCUUCUGAGGGAUCGUAAGACGCCAUUCAUCGUCGCGCUCAACAAGAUCGAUCGUAUAUAUGGCUGGGUAGCAACUCCGGACGGUGCCUUCCGCGAAUCGUUGGCAAAGCAAAGCCGCAGCGUUCAACGUGAAUUCGAAGACCGUCUCGCAAAGACCAUCCUUGCUUUCGCUGAGGAGGGCUUGAACGCUUGUCUUUACUACGAGAACAAGAACAUGGGACGUAACGUCUCUCUGGUACCCACAUCUGCUAUCACAGGCGAGGGUGUCCCGGACAUGAUUAUGCUCCUCGUCAACUUGACACAACAGCGUAUGAGCGAUCGUCUCAUGUAUCUGUCAGAGUUGGAGUGCACAGUUUUAGAAGUGAAGGUUAUUGAAGGCCUCGGCACAACUAUCGAUGUGGUGCUUUCGAAUGGUAUCUUGAAAGAGGGCGAUAGGAUUGUCGUUUGCGGUUUGAAUGGGCCGAUCGUCACAAACGUCAGAGCACUCUUGACACCUCAACCGCUCCGAGAAUUGCGUAUCAAGUCCGCCUAUGUCCAUCACAAGGAAGUAAAAGCAGCACUUGGUGUGAAAAUUACGGCUCCAGAUCUGGAAAAGGCCAUCGCUGGGUCUCGUCUUCUCGUCGUCGGCCCUGACGAUGACGAAGAGGAACUUAAAGAAGAGGUUAUGUCCGAUCUGACAUCGCUAUUCGAGAAUAUUGAUAAGUCCGGCCGUGGAGUUUGCGUUCAAGCAUCAACCCUCGGGUCCCUGGAGGCACUCUUGGAUUUCUUGAAGAGCAGCAAGAUCCCGGUGUCGGGUAUUAAUAUUGGCCCUGUCUUCAAACGCGACGUCAUGCGUUCUGCUACGAUGUUGGAGAAGGCCAAGGAGUUAGCUUGCAUCCUUUGUUUCGAUGUGCCCGUGGACAAGGAGGCGGAGAAGUUGGCAGAAGAAAUGGGCAUUCGUUUGUUCAAAGCGGAUAUCAUUUAUCACCUAUUUGAUGCGUUUACCAAGUACAACGAAGAGAUUAUGGAGGCAAAGAGAAAGGAUGCGGCACCUCAGGCUGUGUGGCCAUGUCGGCUCAAGAUCAUCGCCGCCUUUUGUAAACGAGAUCCAAUUAUACUUGGGGUGGAUAUUCUGGACGGGACGUUGCGGAUCGGGACACCAUUGGCAGUGGUGAAGAUCGAUCCUUCGACAGGCAAGAAGGAAGUGAUUGAUCUUGGCAAGAUCACUUCGUUGGAGAUCAACCAUAAGUCCUAUGAGAUUAUCAAAAAGUCGCAGGCUGGAGGAGGUGUUGCAGUCAAGAUUGAGCAUGCUGUCUACCAAUCAUCAAAGAUGUUUGGGCGCCAUUUCGACGAAAAGGACGAUCUGCUCAGCCAUAUCACUCGCCAAAGCAUUGAUGUGCUGAAGACGUCAUUCAAGGCCGAAGUUUCAAACGAAGAAUGGUUACUCAUUCGUGCUUUAAAGCCUCGCUUUGGCAUCCCUUAA